UAAAUAAAUUUUAAAAAAUAAUCAUUAUUAUUAUUAGUAUUUAGAUAUUAAUUAGUCCCAAUUAUAAAUUAUCAACUACAAAAAAAAUCCCAAAUAUUAUAUGGCAACUACACCUUAUAUUUUUUGUGCAAUUUUAAUAUUGCUCUUUAAUUUGGUUCCACACACAACUCAAUCAAAACCACAUGGUAACCCUUUUGGCUUCCUAAAGACCUUAGAAGGAAGCAAGAAGGGCCAAAAUGUGGAUGGCAUUCACCAUCUUAAAGGUUACCUUACAAAAUUUGGGUACCUCGAAAAUAAUCGAGUGUCCGAAAAUGGGGUGACUACUACCAUGGCUAUCAACAACGAAGAUGCUCAAUUAUUUGACGAGAGUGUUGAAGAGGCGAUCAAAACCUACCAGCACAAUUACGGGUUAAAUGUUACAGGACAUUUGGACGCUGCCACGGUGAAGCAGAUGAUGCUACCUCGAUGUGGCGCUGCGGACAUUAUCAACGGCAAGAACACGAUGCAAAAGAAAGACAAAACAAGAGGUCAUAACAACCGAAAGUCCAUGUAUGGAACAUCAUUAUACGCAAAUAGAGGGGUAUAUUGGCCAUCCACACAGUAUGAACUAACAUAUCAAGUUCGGUCAGAGACCCUAGUCCGGGGGGCAGAGAACAUGCGCUACAUAGUGGCUAAUGCAUUGAGACAAUGGGAACGAUAUAGCCCCUUUAGUUUUCAGGAAGUUGCCGAGGGCUACCAAUCCAAUUUAGUAUUCGCAUUUGCGCAAGGUGAUCACGGGGAUGGUCAUCCCUUUGAUGGCCCUGGUGGUAUAUUAGGUCAUUCUUUUUAUCCAACUGAUGGUCGGUCACAUUAUGAUGCAAUGGAGAAUUGGAGUGACAAUCCUGGACAAUAUCAAAUGGAUUUAUACUCUGUUGUUCUUCAUGAAAUUGGCCACCUCCUUGGCUUAGCUCAUACGCAGGACCAGAGUGCUGUCAUGUAUCCUACUAUUGCUCCUGGGACGUUGAAAAGAGAGCUACAAGAAGAUGAUGUUGAAGGUAUUCAAGCCUUAUAUGGAGCGACAUAAUUAAGUCACAUAACAAUACUUGGUGUGUUCAUGUCUAAAUGCAUGAUUAUUUACCCUUUUUCUUUAUGCAAAUGAGCGAUUUAUUUACUCUGUAAUUUCAAUUGUGAUGUUAUUUUUUAUUCAUGUAUUUGUACAAAAUUCUCAGAAAUUAGUACAAUUAAACUUGUGACAAUUAGAGGAAUAAUCCAUACCGGUACCGGCCUGUCUUCUUAGUGCCUGUGUUAA